AUACAUAUACAAUAAAUCGGAGGAAAUUCUUUAAGAAAAAUUAAUACAAAAAAUUUAAAAUUCCAAGAUCAUUGUUUUUUUUCUAUUUCAUUCUGUGUCUUUCAUUUUAAUUAAAAUUUUAAAUUUUAUAAGAAAAAUUAAAAGUAUAAUAAGCUUUUUACUUAAUUUAUGUUUUCUAUACAUACAUAUAUGUACAUAACGGUUAAUUAAUAGUGUAAUUAAAAAUAUAAUUAAUAAAUACAAAAAAAAAUAAGAAUAGUGAUAAUUCAAAAGCUAAAAAUGACUUCUCAAGAAAUUAAUGUCAAAGAUGUACUAAAAUCAUUAAGAAAAUUUGGUAUAGAAGAUUAUUGUGUUUUUGUUUUAAUGUUAUUUAGUUGUGUUGUAAUUGGCAUUUAUUUUGCAAUUAAAUUAAAAAUAUCAAAAUCAAAAGCAACAAAAGAUGCUGAAGAUAAUUAUUUAGUUGGUGGAAGAAGUAUGCAAAUAAUUCCAAUAACAAUGUCAUUGGUAGCAAGUUUUAUUUCCGGUAUAACACUACUUGGUACACCAACAGAAGUCUAUUUAUAUGGAAUUCAAUAUUUGUAUAUUGUAUUGGCAGUUAUUGCUAUGGGAUUUAUUAUGAGCUAUGUGUAUUUACCAGUAUUUCAUGAUCUCAAAUUAACAUCAACAUAUCAUUACUUGGAAACACGUUUCGAUAAGAGAAUGAGACUUUUUGGUUCAGUAUUAUUUGCACUUGGAUCGAUGACUUGGUUACCAAUUGUUAUUUAUGUACCAGCAUUAGCAUUUAAUCAAGCAACUGGAAUUAAUGUACAUUUAGUAACACCGAUUGUAUGUUUAGUUUGUAUAUUUUAUACAUGUGUGGGUGGUUUAAAAGCUGUCGUAUGGACUGAUGUUGUACAAACAGUUUUAAUGUUUGGUGCAAUGAUAACAAUUAUUGUAAAAGGUACAAUUGAUGUUGGUGGUAUUGGAACUGUAUUUAGUCGAGCUUGGGAUAGUGAAAGAAUUGAACCACCAAAUUUUACAUUUGAUCUCAAAGAAAGGCAUACGGUUUAUUCAUUAUUGAUCGGUGGUAUACCACAUUGGUUAAAAAGUCAAGCUGUAAGUCAAAAUAUGAUUCAAAGAUAUUUAUCAUUACCAACAUUACGGAAGGCUAGAAUAGCUCUGUGGCUGUUCGUUUUAGGUGUAUUAAGUUUAUUGGCAAUAUGUGGUUAUAGUGGACUUCUGAUUUAUGCCAAAUAUCAUGAUUGUGAUCCACUUACGACUCAAUUGGCAAAAGCAAAAGAUCAAGUUUUACCAUUACUUGUUAUGGAAACAUUAGGAGAUUAUCCUGGUUUACCGGGUUUAUUUGUUGCUGGUGUUUUUAGUGCUGCAUUAAGUUCACUUUCAACCGGUUUAAAUUCAAUGUCAGCUGUUAUAUUAGAAGAUUUUUUUAAACCAUUCUAUAAUUAUAAACCACUUACGAAAUUACAGAGUGCUAUUAUAAUGAGAGGAUCAGUUGUUGUAUUUGGUGUAAUAUGUGUUUCAUUGGUUUUCUUAGUUGAGAAACUUGGUACAGUACUUCAACUUUCUAUUAGUUUGGGAGCUGUUUCAAAUGGUCCAUUACUUGGAAUAUUCACUUUGGGUUUAAUGGUACCAUGGGUUGAAGGUAAAGGUGCAAUAAUUGGUGGUACUACAAGUCUUGGUUUAAUGGCAUGGUUAUGUGGUGCAGCACAACAUGCUAUUAAAAUUGGUGAAAUGAAAUUUAAAACAAAACCAUUAUCAGAAUCUGGAUGUGAAUACAGUUAUAUGUCAAAGUAUGGUGCCGGAAUGACUAGUUAUAAUUUAAAUGCAACAGAAAAUAUUGAAUUAUUUGAAAUGGAUGAGGAAGAACCAUUUAAAAUAUAUCAAAUUUCAUAUUUAUAUUAUACAUUUGUUGGAGCUUUUAUAACAAUUAUUGUAGCUGUGAUAGCAUCAUUAAUUAUUGGUCCAAAUAAGCCCAGUGAUAUUGAUCCUAAUUUAUUAUCACCAUUUGUUAGAAAAUUAUUAUAUAAAAAAGAGGAUUUAGAAAAAAAUCAAAUGAUUGAAAAAAGACUUGAUCCAGUUGGUACUGAAGAUAAUCCAAUUUUUAAUAGUACAAUAGAUUUAAAACAAUUAAAUAGUAUUUGUAAUGAUAAAAAAGAAAUAGAAUUUAAUUCUAGAUUAUAAAUUUUAGAUAAUAAGUUUUAGAUUAUAAGUAUUAGAUUAAAAUUAUAAUGAAUCACAAAUUAAAAAAAAAAUGAAUUUUUUUGAUUUUAAAUUUUUAAGAAUUUCAAUAAAUUAAUUUAAUGAUCUAAGCCUGAAUUCUUGAUCUGAAAAUUCUAAUAGUUAAGCAUAACAAAAUUUUAAAAUUUUUUAAAUACUGUUAAGCUAGAUGAGAAAGGUCUUUGUAAACGGAGCAUUAGUUUUAUAAAAAGUACCGUGAAUUUUCUAAAUUUGUUGAAAUUUUUCACUUAACUUAUUUUUUACAUGAUUCAAAAUUUUGUUAAAUUUUUUUCCAGAAUCAAACUAGAAAAAUAUUUACUGAGUUUUCUAC